AUGACGAGCGCGCGCGUGCAAAAGGAAGUUCGUGGCGUCGCCACCAAGGCGUCCGCCGUCGAGCUCAUGCAAGUCGCGAACCAGGGUGCGGAGAUUGCGUCCGUCGCGACGACGUGCUUCGCGAUCACCCUCGUCGGCCUUGCCAUUGGUUUCGUGCUCCUUCGCGUCGAAGGCUCCGUCAUGGGUGAAGAAUAA